GCGGAACUGAUGUCACGUGACGCGGAUGUGCAUGCGCAGUCGGAGUGCAACCAGCCGGAAGGAGGCACCGCCGAGCGGUGAGAACCACAUCAGCAUGGCAGAAACGUCUGCUCAAGAUUUACAGCUCCGUGCUAACCAGGUGACAGAUGAGUCACUGGAGAGUACCCGGAGGAUGCUACAGUUGGCAGAGGAGAGCAGGGAUGCUGGUGGUAAGACCCUAAUCAUGCUGGAUGAACAGGGAGAACAACUGAAGCGUAUUGAUGAGGGGCUGGAUCAGAUCAACCAGGACAUGAGAGAAGCAGAGAAAAACCUGACUGAGCUCAGCAAGUGUUGUGGCCUGUGUGUGUGUCCCUGCAGCAGAGUGAGAAAUUUUGAGAUGGGGGACAAGUACAAGAAAGCUUGGACAAGCAAUGCUGAUGGAAACACAGGCAGAGUGGUCUCCAAUCAACCAAGCAAGUCACAGAACAACCGUGAAAUAGCCAAGCAGAGUGGUGACGAAGCUUACAUCAAGAGGAUAACAAAUGAUGCACGAGAAGACGAGAUGGAAGAUAACCUGCAACAAGUGGGCAGUAUCAUCGGAAACCUGAAAAAUAUGGCGAUUGACAUGGGCAACGAGAUAGAGUCUCACAACAAGAAAAUUGAAAGCAUUGCUGAGAAGGCGGAUGUUAACAAAGCUCGGAUUGAUGAAGCCAAUGAGAGAGCAAACAAACUCAUCAAAAAGUAAUGCGGAGCUCAUGAAACUCACCUCUGAAUUUACAGCUUCACACUAGAGCCUGAUUUCCAUGCAAGUCACUGUCUUGCGCCUCCACAUCUCAAUUUCUCCUAUCAACGUAUCUCCUUGAAAUUAUAAUUGUAAGAUGUUCCAAGUGCCUCACAGCAUUAUUGACUAUGUACAGCUUCCCAGCCAGACUGCAACCACAACCAUCCUCAGUGACCUGUAUAGAGAAGUGACUGAUCUCUCAAAUGUUCUUGUGGCUAUAUAUUCCAUAGGGAACCUUGGAUGUAAAUGUGUUGGAGAACUUACUGGAAAGGGAACCUAAGGAAAAAUACUAACUCAUACCUCUACUACAGCAGAUACACUUCCGAUCAGUUCCCCAUUCAUUGUCUUCCUCUACCAUGGCCAUCUUUAUGACUAUUGCUUAUGUAUAGUCGUAAAGAUGGCCAUGAUAGAGGAAGACAAUAUGUAUAUAAGCAAUUAUCCACCCCAUGUCAGUCUCCUUUGCCACAAUUACCAUCAUUUCAGCUGCUGUUGACAACUGCCAUCCUACCUGAUUGGUGGAGAAUGAGGAACUGGAGAAAGGGUUGGACAUUUUUCUUGCAGUAGUGUACCAGAGACUCCCAACUAAAGGAAUGGUGCCCUGUCUCAAAGAUGGACCAUCGUCUGCACACCAUUUCUCCCUUCACAAUUCUUGUACUUGCUACUAUAACACCUAUGCUAAUUUUUUAAAUAAGGGACUUCUCUAAACUUAAAAAAAAUGUAUCCAGGUCCUUUCCCUCAUAAUUAAAGAAUGAUCCAAGCUCCACCCAGUUGCUAUAACUAUAUACUGGCAUGAAUUUAUUUCAUACCUCCACCACUGUCUCCAUUAAGAGUUUUGGGCACUGGCUGUACAUGGUGCUAAUAAAAUGCCUUUAGAAGGGGCAUAUAUGCUCUGCUAAUUGGGUGAAGCUGGCUUUCCCCUUGGACAAAAUUCUCUACACAAAGCUUAUUAUGUUUAUCAGGGACAUCGCGUGAAGCCUCGCCUGGCUUCAUUACUUAAUAGUGAGUUGCAUACAGUGAGUAAAAUAUAUUGUACAUUUAAUCAUUUUUCUCCGCGUGCACUGAGAAAUGUUUAAUAAUGUGAAAUGUGAUCACAAACUUUAUCCUUUCACCUUUACAUGUCUCAAUACUUUUUCUAAAAUAAAGAUGCAUAUUCUCCCCUGAA